GGCCGGACCGCGGAUGGUACGUUCCGCACGUGAGCUGGGUGCUGGUCUGGCCGGCGACGCGCGUGCCCUGUGGCCAAACACUGCCCGGAGUGAGAGCAAACUACCAGCGCAGUGCGUGUGUGUGUGUGUGUGUUGUGUGUGCGCGCGGGUGUGCGCGCGCGGGUGUGCGAGAGGGCGAGUGAGCGAGCGAGCACGGGGCGGAGGGGCGACCGACGGCUUCUUCACACUUUCAACACUGCACCGAAGAGGGAGAGCGAGACAGCCUGGAGACACACUCAUCCCCCCAAGAUCUCCCCAGGCGAACGUCCCGCAGAUCACAGGACAGAACCCUCCAAAUCGAAACGGAGGAAACGGGCAGCCACUGAACAUGGACGAAGGAAUCCCUCAUUUGCAAGAGAGACAGUUACUGGAACAUAGGGAUUUUAUGGGACUGGAUUAUUCCGCUUUGUAUAUGUGUAAACCCAAAAGGAGCUUGAAGCGAGAUGACACCAAGGAUACCUACAAAUUACCGCACAGAUUAAUAGAAAAAAAGAGAAGAGACCGAAUUAAUGAAUGCAUUGCUCAGCUGAAAGAUCUGCUGCCUGAACAUCUGAAAUUGACAACACUGGGGCAUUUGGAGAAAGCCGUAGUUUUGGAGUUAACUUUGAAGCACUUAAAAGCGUUAACAGCCUUAACAGAGCAGCAGCAUCAGAAGAUAAUUGCUUUACAGAAUGGGGAGCGCUCUCUGAAAUCGCCGGUCCAGGCCGACUUGGAUGCGUUCCACUCGGGGUUUCAAACCUGCGCCAAAGAAGUCUUGCAAUACCUCGCGCGCUUUGAGAGCUGGACGCCCAGGGAGCCGCGCUGCGCACAGCUUGUCAGCCACCUGCACGCCGUGGCCACCCAGCUCCUGACGCCACAGGUGCCCCAGGGCAGGGUCCCCGGCCGCGCGCCCUGCGGCACGGGGGCUGCGGCUGCCCCGGGUCCCGAGCGCGCCGCCCGCUGCGUGCCGGUCAUCCAGCGGACUCAGCCCGGCACCGAGCCCGAGCACGACACGGACACCGACAGCGGCUACGGAGGCGAGGCAGAGCAGGGCCGCGCCACCAUUAAGCAAGAGCCGCCCGGGGACCCGUCGCCCGCGCCCAAAAGGCCGAAGCUGGAGGCGCGCGGCGCGCUCCUGGGCCCGGAGCCCGCGCUGCUGGGCUCGCUCGUGGCGCUGGGCGGGGGCGCGCCCUUCGCACAGCCCGCCGCCGCGCCCUUCUGCCUGCCCUUCUACCUGCUGUCGCCGUCCGCCGCCGCCGCCUACGUGCAGCCCUGGCUGGACAAGAGCGGCCUGGACAAGUAUCUGUACCCCGCGGCGGCCGCGCCCUUCCCGCUGCUGUAUCCCGGCAUCCCCGCAGCGGCCGCCGCCGCCGCCGCCGCCUUCCCCUGCCUGUCGUCCGUGCUGUCGCCGCCUCCCGAGAAAGCAGGCGCGGCCGCCGGUGCCCCCCUCCUGGCGCACGAGGUGGCGCCCCCGGGGUCGCUGCGCCCCCAGCACGCGCAUAGCCGCACCCACCUGCCGCGCGCUGGGAACCCGGAUCGCUCUCAGGAAGAUGCCUCGCAGCCUGCCAAGGACGCCCCCUGAGCCCGGCAGCCCUUCUUGAACAGGGGCGCGGGGGGGGGGACUCCCGAGGAGUCGCCAGGUUUCCAAGUUCAAAGGCCCCCCUAACGCGUGCCAGGGAGGAAGAGUAAGAUGCUCGACAGGCUUAGGACAAAAACAGGUGUUUUGUGUUCGUUUGGAGUUCCUGUUUUGCCCCAUUCCUCACCCUUCUGCCACCCCACCUGCUCGCACCCACCCCACCCUCUCCACCCGCUCACACCCACCCCACCCCUCGGCCCCCGCUGUCACAGGUCCUCUGUGAGAAAUACUGGUUAUGUUAUGUUGUAUCACCCUCCAUAAAUUUAGUAGACACUCCCUCCCCUUUCCCAGAUACCGAGCCUGGUUCUGGGAGUCUAGGGAACCAGUUAAGAGUGCCUGGCGCUGGGGGGGUCCUUCGACUCCCGGGCUGGUGUCUCCCUGCCGCCCCUUUAGGAGGCACUCCACUAACUGAGGGUCUCUGAGAGUUAAAUUUACGCGUCAGUAUUUUGUGUUGUUUGGCUUUUUGAGAAGUACUUGUUUUUCCCGGAGAGGUGAGGAUGCCCUUGCCCUGUUGUGAGGUGGUUGGAGAGGUGUCUUGAUGCCUUGCACUUGUUUGGAAAGACUGGGAGUUGGGCUAUGUUCAGGCACUGUGUCAGGGUGGGAGCUGGGGGGGGGGGGAGGUUGGAGCCCUUGGCGCCUUUGCUCGCACUUUAUUGACAGAUUGACCUCAAACCCUUUGUCCCACUUUAAUUUCUCCAUCCAUGUGCGCAUAUAUAUGUAUAUAUAUAUGUAUGUCAUAGGUCAUAUAUGUGUUUCUGAUGCACGCCCCUCCCCCACGGGUUAUUUUACCCUUCAUGGUCCCAGAAUUUUGUAACGUUGCUGUUUUUGUUUUUUGUUUUUUAAUUUUGCAAAGUGCACUGGGCUGGAAAAAGAGAAACCCAGACUGAUUUUUCCUCUAAUUCCUAGAUGACAGAAGUGACGGGGAGGCCUAGUGGUCCCCUGUGUUCUGUGGAGAUGUAUAGGGGUGUCCGGCCAGGCCUGCUCUGUCAAGUCUGUAUGUAUUUUUCUGGAGACCAAACCAGAUGCCAGAUAAUCAGGAAGAAAGCUUGUUAAAAAAUAUAAGGCAUAAGCCAAGACCUUGUCUAGAUAUUUUUAGUUUGUUGCCAAGGUAGCACUGAGAAAUCUCACUUGAAUGUUACGUAAGGGGUGAGACACAAUAGUCUGGAGUGAAGACGUUAUCUGGGUCUGUGAGUGUGUUCUGUGAGUGUGUUCGGUCCGUUUGCUGCUGCUGUUGCUACUGUUUGCCUCAAACGCUGUGUUUAAACAACGUUAAACUCUUAGCCUACCAAGGAGGCUGUAUGUAUAUAGCUGUUAAUACACCAAUUAAUGACGUCUGACAUGCUAUUUUUGUAGGGAGAAGAUACGUACUAAUGGUAUUUUGAGUUAUAAUAUCUUUUUGGGGGAGGACUUGGUGAGAUGUUUGCACUUUGGUUACAAUGCUUAAAAUGCUUGGGUGCAAGCUUACGCUGUCUUAAAUUAUUAAACAAAUAAAUAUGACUGCAAGAAACCAGCCGGUUUAGACAAGUUUAGUAUGUAAAGAUAAGCUAGAAACUAUCUUUAUACUCUAGUAUUUUCAGCACUCCGUAAAUUCUAUUAUCUAAAUAUUGCCACACUAUUUUGUGAUUUAAAACUUCUUACCAAGGAAUAAAAACUUUAUAUAUGA